AUGGCGCCCGUCGAGCCCUUGCUGCCGGCUGAUAUAGCACCCGACCACGACGCUCCAAGACGGAGGCCCUCCGAGACUUCCGUGGUACCGAUGGAGGAUAUGUCGGCCUCCUUCUCGUCGCGGAGGAGUGCUGCGUCGGGCCCCGCGCGGAAGAGCACAUAUUUAAACGUCGCGAGAAGGACACUCGGCCUCACCUGCUUGUUGGUGACCGUAUUCCUAUGGACAGCCUCGAACUUCCUCGCAAGCUCCAUCUUCUCAGAUCAUACCUACGACAAGCCAUUCUUUGUCGUCUAUGUAAACACAUCCAUGUUUGCGAUCUCGAUGAUACCGAUAUCGAUCAAGUACAUACUCCAGAACGGCGGCUUUGGCGAAGCCCAGGCAAUGCUGCAGCAGGCGUGGAGGGAAAAGUCGCUGCGGCCUUUCAGCCCAGAAAGAUCCAAGCUCCAGGGCCAGGACGACGACAGGACGGCGGAGGAGCGGCUGUUGGUCGACGAUGAGGGCAGCCUGGAGGCGUUCGACCUGCCAAAGCCGGUAGAGAAGCUCACCUUGCGGGAGACGGCGUGGUUGAGCCUGGAGUUCUGCAUGCUGUGGUUCUUCGCCAACUACUUUGCGUCGGCGUGCCUUCAGUACACGAGCGUCGGCAGUGUCACCAUCCUGACAUCCACUAGUAGUGUGUGGACGUUGAUACUCUGCGCGUGGAUGAAGGUUGAGCCGUUUACGGUGCGGAAGCUGAUUGGCGUCCUCGCCUCGCUGGCGGGUAUCAUUCUCAUAUCGACGAUGGAUCUGUCCGGCAAAGACAACGACGACAACCGGGGGAACUUCCCGCACAAGACGCAGCGGCAGAUUGCCAUUGGCGAUGCCAUGGCCCUGAUCAGCGCUAUCGUAUACGGGCUGUACGUGACGGUGAUGAAGCUGCGGGUCGGCGAUGAGGACCGGGUCAGCAUGCCGCUCUUUUUUGGGCUCGUCGGCAUCUUCAAUGUCACGCUGCUGUGGCCUCUAUUCUUUGUACUACAUUUUACGGGCAUCGAAACUUUUGAAAUGCCCCCUACCGGGAAGAUCUGGGCUAUCAUCCUACUCAAUUCGAUCUCGUCGUUCAUCAGCGACAUGUCGUGGGCAUAUGCCAUGCUCCUGACCACUCCCCUGAUCGUGACAGUGGGCCUGUCGCUCACGAUACCGCUGUCGCUUAUUGGCGAAAUGAUUCAGUACCAGCAGUUUUCGAGUUUCCUAUACUGGGUGGGCGCGUGCAUCGUUCUGCUCUCCUUCCUGUUCAUCAACCACGAGAGUCACGAAGAGGGCGAAGGAUCGUCCAAGUCGAAUCCCGAGACCGGGCGCCGACUGUCGGAAGCUUAA